AGUGUGGUCCCAGAGACAAACUAGGUCGGCUGCGUCCAGAGGGGUAGGCAUGAGUUUUGGGGUCAACAUAAAAGAUGGAGGUCUCAUCAGAAACGAAGGCACUGGACCCAAUCUCACUCAGUCCUGAAGGAAAAUUGCAAAUCGAAGAGCCCAACAUUAAUUUUGGCAACUUCAACUUCGAAGGAGGAGAACUGGACGCAGUCAGCCACCAUGACAGUACUACAAGCAUUCCGUCGAGCCUCGCCUCUCAAAUAGAGUGCAAGCUAGAUAGUCUUCCACAGUCUUUACAAGAUGUGACUUUGGGUGAUAAUGAAGUUUUGGAAUCAAGUUGCCAGCAAUCAUCAAAUGCUACUUUGCUGUCUCAAGAUCCUUUUGAAGUAGCUGAGAGAUACUUGGAGAAGCACAACAUUAUGCAAAUAUUCCAGCGUCUCACUGAAAACUUAAUAUAUGAACAGCCUGAAGAUCCUUUGUAUUUUUUGCUGUGGCAGAUUCAGGACAUAAUCAGAGAGAGGGAUCGAAGAUAAAGCCUGCAAAUAAAGAAAUUUCCUCGUUCUCAACCACCA